AUUAAUAAUAAUGUACAAUUCAAGAUCCUAAGUCUCAUGUAUAAUAUAAAAUUGAUAAUUCUAAGAUCCCUAAGCAUCACCAUCAAGUGGAAGAAUUUAAAAGAUCUCAGAGAAAUUAUCCACAAUUUAAAUUGGAGUAGAAAAUGAGAGAUUUUAAAAACUUGAAUAAGCUGAAUAGAGAAUUCAAUAAGCAGAAGAUGCUUUUAAUGAAUUUUAAGAAUAGAUCUUUACAAAAUUGAAUGGAUUAAGAGAUUAGGUAAUAUGAUUAGUAAUGUAAUGUAGUUGGGAAAAUUAUAAAAAUAAGUAGAAGAAGAUAAAUUAGCAAAGGAAUAAGCUAAUGAGACUAAAAACAGAGAAGUUUAAGCAUUAGAGAAGAAAUUUGAGAAUGCCAUUCAAAAUGAAACCUAAACAAGAAAAGAAGGAGAAGCUAAAGUAUUAAGAUUGUUAGAAGAUAAAACAGCAUUAUUGAGAACUGAAGUAUAAAAGGAAACAGCAGGAAGAGUAGAUGCAAUAGAAGGAAUUCAUUAAGGAUUAUAAAAUGAUUUACCAAAAAUAUAAGAAGCCAUAAGAAAUGAGGCUAAUGAAAGAGAUGAAUCUGAUUAGAAUGUUAAAAUAAAUUGUAAUAUUUAGGUUAUGAAAUCUAUUACUGACGAGUUAGUAAAGUUAAGUAAUCUUAUCAACGUUGAAAAGAGAAAUAGAGAUGAAAGUGAAUAAUCAAUAUUUGAAAUGCUUAAAGAUAUUGUUAAUAGAGUCAAAGUUGAAUUGGAUUAAGAAAAAAAAACAAGGUAAAUUCUAUUUAACUAUCAAUAGAGAACAAUCUGAAGAGCAUUUGUUAAGUUUAUUAGAAGAUACUUGUAAUAAACUCAGUAUUGCCGCAAAUCUAUGAUAUUGAAAUAAAU